ACAAUUUGGCUCAAGUCCCACCCAUUUUAAGAUGGCAUCCGAUGAGACGGACGAUCUAAAACCUUUUCCAGAGCACUGCCUGAUACCAAAGAAAGAGACUGGAGCUGAGAGGUUCCUCUCUCGUUUCCCUGAGCAUAACGGGAAGAAUGUGGUCAUUGCUAUACUGGAUACGGGAGUGGAUCCUGGCGCCCCUGGACUCAGUAAAACCCCGGAUGGUAAAUCAAAGAUACUGGGACUGUAUGACUCAAGUGGGAGUGGUGAUGUUGAUACCAGUGUGGUACGCACCACCACAAGAGAGAUCGGACGCGUUAUUGAUGGACUAACUGGAAGGAAAUUAAAAAUACCUAAUGGUUGGACUAACCCCAGUGGCAAGUGGCAUGUUGGGGUGAAAGCAGCUUUUGAGCUAUUUCCUAAUCUCCUCAAGACGAGACUCCAGAAAGAAUUUGUUGAGAAGGAAUGGAAUCCAGCUCAUUUACGUGCUCUAGCUGAGGCUGAGAGAGAAUUAAGAGACUUUGAGCUUCACAACAGAAUUGAUGGGAACAUAAAAAACAGAUUGAAGAAAGAGGAUCUCCAGGCUAGAGUUGACAUCCUAAACAGUUUAAAUUCAAAGAAUAACAUAGCAGGACCUUUCUAUGAUUGCAUUGUGUUUAAUGAUGGAUCCUAUUGGAAAGCUGCUAUUGAUACAACCAAAGAUGGCGAUCUUCGUGACAUUCCUUGUCUUUGCUCGUACAAAAUAGCACAGCAUUGGGUCAAGUUUGGAUAUAAUGAUAUGUUUAAUUAUUCAGUUAACGUCUAUGACAAUGGUAAUCUUCUGAGCAUUGUUACCACUGGAGGUUCUCACGGGACUCACGUGGCAUCAAUUGCAGCUGCUUAUUUCCCAUCAUCUCCUGAGAAGAAUGGUGUGGCCCCUGGGGCACAGAUCAUUGGUAUUAAAGUUGGUGACACUAGACUGAGUACAAUGGAGACUGGGCCAUCUCUUCUUAGAGCUUGCAACAUAUUAGCUGAGCUUCAUUGUGAUCUUAUCAAUUACAGUUAUGGCGAGGCAUCUCACUGGACCAAUAAAGGAGCUGUAUUAGAGGAAUUCAUAUCACUAGUUAGGAAGCACAAUGUUGUAUUUGUAACUAGUGCUGGCAACAAUGGACCAGGACUGAGUACUGUUGGGUGCCCUGGGGGAAACACUGAAGCACUCAUUGGCGUUGGUGCUUAUGUAUCUCCAGACAUGAUGGAAGGUACAUAUUCCAUGCUGAAAUCAAAACCAGGCAUACCUUACACAUGGAGCUCCAGAGGACCAGCUGCUGAUGGUGAUCUUGGUGUCUCAGUCACUGCUCCCGGCGGUGCAUUCACAUCAGUGCCAACGUGGACACUCCAGUGCAGUCAAAUGAUGAACGGUACCUCAAUGUCAUCUCCCAAUACUUGUGGAAACAUUGCUCUGCUAUUAUCAGCUAUUAAGUACAGGGGCUAUGACUAUACUCCAGCUCUUAUAAAGAGGGUCAUUGAAAAGACAGCAACUCCUUUAGGAUCUCACGAUCCCUUCUCCAUUGGACAUGGAGUUAUCCAGGUUGACAAAGCUUAUGAUUAUUUCAGAGAGAUUACUACACUACCAACCACCCCAGUUGAUUUUAGGGUAUCUGUCAGUGGUUUACAGGGACAGCAGUCAAAGUGUAGGGGUAUCUACUUGAGGGAGCCUCAUCAUUUCAAGCGAUCCACUCAUCACCUUGUCACAGUUGACCCUUGCUUCCCUGAGGACACCAGUGGUUGGAUUUUAGGCCCUCGUGAUAAAUUGGACUUUACCGAGAGGAUCACUCUUGUUCCUACGCAGCCAUGGGUCCACUCAUCCAAGCACAUUAUACUAGCAUCAUCAGGAAGACAGUUUAGUGUGACUAUUGAUGAGUCUGGUCUUGAACCAGGAGCUCAUUAUGCUGAAGUUCUUGGUUAUGGUUCCAGAGAAGACAAAGGCCCGUUGUUUAGAUUGCCAGUGACAGUUAUAAUGCCGACACCUUUAACAGACAAGUUUACUUUUGAUUGCCCUCAGCUCCAGUUAUCUCAUUCAACUAUUAAGAGAUAUUUCUUUCAUGUACCAACUGAAGCAACAUGGGCAGAAUUAAAGUUUACAAGCCACAAUGAAGUGACUCGCUCUAAGCUUUGGGUGCACACCAUUCACCUUUUGCCAGAGAAAGCUUACAGAGAGAAAGAAACCUUAGACUCCAUCAUACUAGAACCAGAAGCAAGCAACACGCUCAUCGUCCCAACUGUGGGUGGACAUACAAUGGAGCUGGUUGUGACCCAGUAUUGGACAGAGCUCCAUCCGCUGACUGUGUCUUUUAAUGUUUCAUUUCAUAGUCUGUGUCCCUCAUCCAAUAACUUUAUACUGCAUUCCAACACAUCAUGGACAAGACUUGAUGUGUCCUGCAAUUACAGACUAGAGGAGCUGUAUCCUGAAUUCAAACUAACUCACCACUGCCUAGCAAGACGGCCAACUGAAGCUGUUAUCAAGCCAUUGAGUAACACAAGGCAAGUUCUAAUAGAUGGUAAACAGAUUUAUGAACUAAGACUCACGUAUAACUUCUAUUUGAGUAAGACGUGUGAAGUGAGACCCAAUGCUCAUUUAUUGAGUGAUUUAUUGUAUGAGAGUCCUUUCUGUGGUCAGCUCUGGAUGGUUUAUAGCUCAAAUAAACAACUGAUGGGAUCUGGUGAUGCAUACCCUAAGAAUUACUCAGUCAAACUUGAUAAAGGGAACUAUACUGUUAUACUGCAGGUUCGUCAUGCUACCAGAUCAGAGUUGGAGUCACUCAAGGACCUGCCCAUCACCAUUGAGAUCAAGAUGCCUACUUACAUACUAGUGGAUAUUAGCCCAACACGCUGCGGUCAGACCAAGUGGGGAUCCACCAUAACAGCUAAGCCAGGCUCUACUCUACCCCUGUAUGUAUUUGGGCCUUCAGAUGACAGAGUAAGUAAGUCAGCUGGUCCUAACACCAGUCCUGGUGAUUUCUUGACUGGAACAUUCACUCUAUCAAAGAAUGACUUAGUCAAAAAGAAAGUAGUGUAUCCUGUUCAGUAUAUUCUUGGUCCUAAAGCUAGCAGAGGUAACUCUGGCCCUCCCAAGAAGAAGGAAAAGGAUUACGAGGGAGCUCUUAAAGAAUUUAGACUUCACUGGAUGAGCAAAGGGAAAGUUAGUCCUGCUGAGCUAGAGGAAGAAUUUGGUGAUGAUUUAGAGUUCCUGAUGGCUAGACUAACAAUGAUUGAAGCCGACAAAAAAAAUGUAUGGGGUGAGGAAGUUGCUACUAUAGUGAGCAAGAUCCAAUCACAGAUUAAUGUAGACGAGAUAUUGGCACAGCAAGGGACAAAGACUGACCUAUCACAAGAUGCCUCAGAGAGAUCAAGUACUCUUGAUAAGCAGAAGGCUACUCUUAUUGAAACAAGGAUGCUUGAGUCUUCUCUGUUAUUCAGACAGGAUCCUGUUAAUAUUAGUCACUUAUUAGUUAUUUAUACUGAACUGAACAAGCUAUUGGAUCAGAAGGACAGCAAGCUAAAAGGAUUCAAACUGAAGCUAAGUGAAUCCCUUGGUUUUCAUGGACUGACUGCAAAACUCAUUGAAGAGGAAAUGAAUGAUAAAGGACACAACAGAGUGUUUGAAGAGAAAUUAGUUAAAUUGUAUAGAAAGUUGGGCUGGGAGCAUGCAGCUGUGUUGACAGAAGGCUGGAUACCAAGAAAAUAUUCAAAUAAUUAUCAAAUAUUCUGAUGAUGAAGAAAAAUAACUAAUUUAUUAGAUGCUAAUAGGACAGAAUAAUAAUAUAUUAAUCUUCGUAUUAAGUUUUUAAAUAACUAUGAUUACAGUAUUACUAUGAUUACAGUUUUGUCUACCAAGCCACUGUUAGUUAAUGUCAUUAGCAUUGUUAUUGUUGUUAUUUUAAUAAUCAAGACUAUUGUUAAUCUUUUUAA